AUGAAGACUCGAAUGCUCUUGACACAUCUCUCGUUCACUCAACUUCUUCUCAUCACCUUCCUCCCGUUCGCAUCCGCCGAUCUUGUCAAUGACACGUGCAAGAAUACGCCAGACCCCGACUUCUGCUUCACCGCUCUCAGCCCCGACCCGAGGAGCUCCGCCGCGGACGCCAAAACCCUAGGCAUAAUCAUGGUUGAAAAGGUCGACCAGAUUGCCAAGGCGACUCUGGCAGGAAUUGGGAGCUUGCUAGGCCAAUCCCCCGACCCAAGGACGAAGCAAGCAUUGACCUCUUGCGAGAAGUCGCACGAAAUCAUCACAACCUCGGUGGCGCCCACCAAGGAAAGUUCGACGGAAGGUGGCUACAAGUUUGCCGAGGUCUCCAUGAGCGGCGCGGCGACUAGUGUGUCCAGGUGCGAAGCGGACUUUGGAGGCUCGAAGUUGCCAAUAUCGGGCUUGAACGAUUUUGAGCACAAGGCGGCCAUGGUGGCUUCCGCCAUUGCUGGUUCAUUGCGGUGA